CUCCAGGUCUGGGACUCCAUGCCUGCUGACUCUCCGUGGGCUCCGGAGUUGGGAAGACCACGAACGAGCUGUCUCUGCCUUCUGUGGCCUCUGCGCUGCUCCAGUAGGUGGGAGCCUUGAGGAAGAGGGAAUGGCUCCUGUGCUGACAGCCAGGCCUGAACAGGAAUCGGUGACAUUCAAGGAUGUGGCUGUAGAAUUCACCUGGGAGGAGUGGGUAUUUCUGAACCUGCCUCAGAAAAGUUGUAUAGGGAUGUGAUGCUGGAGAACUAUAGGAACUUGGUCUCUUUGGGACUUGCAGCUUCCAAGCCAGAUGUCAUCUACAAAUUGGAAAGAAAGGAAGCAUCUUGGAUGCCAGAGGCAGAUAUUCCAAGAAGCAGCUGUCCAGAGAGCAAAGAAUUUGCUAGAGAGAAGUCUUAUGAACGUGGUGAAUAUGAGGCCCUCAGGAGAAAUCAACAUCUUGCUGUGCAUCAGAGAACUCAUUCUGGAGAGUUUUUUAAUGAAUGUAAAGAGUGUGGGAAAGCUUUCCACUGGAACUCAGAACUUAUUCGACAUCAAAGAAUUCAUACUGGUGAGAAACCUUAUGAAUGUAGUAUAUGUGGAAAGGCCCUCAAUAUGAAGGCAAAUCUUACUUGACAUCAGAACAUUCAUACUGGAGAAAAACCUUUUCAAUGUCGUGAAUGUGGGAGGGCCUUUAGACAGAAGACACAACUUUGUGUCCAUCAGAGAAUUCAUACUCGAGAGAUUCCUCAUGAAUCUAAGGACUAUGGGAAGACCCUCUUCUGCAACUCGGAACUUUUUGAAAAUCAAAGAAUUCAUACUAGAGAGAAACUUUAUGAAUGUAAUGAAUGUGGGAAGGCCUUCAGGAGUAA